AUGGCACCGAAGCGUAAGACAACAAUCUUUCGGCGUGCCCCGCGGGCGCCGCAAGAGCAAAUUGAGCGCUCAAACAUCACCAAAGCUCUCCAGGAUUGUUUGGCCGUGGAGGUUUUGCGACACGAGAGGGACCGCGAUGCGGAGCCAGUCAUGUUCUUCGGUGUUUUCGACGGUCACGGCGAGCACGGCGGUACUGUUGCUGCCCUGGCGGCGGAGCAGCUCCCCAUGUUCAUCCGGGAGCACCACACCCAGGUACUGCACCUACCGAAUGUAGAUCGAUGGCACAAGGCGGACGAUCCGGGCACCGCACUGCUAUCGGGCUUCGCAAGCACCCAGCAGUUCCUUCUACAACAGCCCGGGCUUGACUGCAGCCUGUCCGGUUGUACAGCUGUGGUAGCGAUGCUGGUCAGCGACACCUUGGUGGUGGCCAACGCGGGAGACUCCCGUUGCCUGGCAGGGCGGUUUGAGGCCAACACCGAGCUGGUGGCGUACGAGCUGUCCAAUGACCACACCCCUGGAUUGCUUCAUGAGGCCAACCGCAUCCUUGCAUCUGGGGGACGUAUCGCUCCCCUAGAGUUUGCAGGACGCAACGUAGGACCUCCACGAGUUUGGGAGCGAAAUUCAGAUCAGCCAGGCCUUUGUAUCACGCGUUCUCUUGGAGACACCCAAGCCAAACGACUGGGCGUGACGCACGUGCCUGAAUUGGCAACGUUCAAGCUUACGGCGGGUGACAGGUACCUGGCACUCGUGUCCGAUGGAGUCACCGAGUUCAUGGGAAGCCAGGAAAUUAUGGAGACCAUUCACAAACUGGCAUCAGCGGGCACAAUGCCGCAUGAGGUGGCUCGGAGGUUGGUGCGGGAGGCUCGUAACCGCUGGAGGGAAAUCGGCGAUGAGGGUGUCGUGGACGACUGUACGGCGGUAGUGGCAUACCUUGUCUGCGAGGACGAGGGAGAGGAGGAGGAAGCGACGAGGCACAAUAAGAGGAAGAAGAAAAAAACGGCCAGCAUUCGAGCCAGAAUCAUGGGCAUCAAGACUCCCCGGUACAGCGGCACUGACGAGUUGGGUGCUGCUGCCGGCGGCGGGGGCGGCGGCGGCGAGGGCGGCAGCGCCGGUGAGGGUGCUGGGAAUGGGGAACGUCCCAGCGAAGUGGCAAGGCAGCAAGGGCGCGGAAGGAUGUGGAGCCUUCAACGCGCAUCCGCUCUUUGGACUACGGUGCGAAGCGUGCUUGUUCCCAUCAAGCGGGAGGAGAUUCCCAAGGAGCAGGAGGUGGACGUCUGA